AGUCCCCCCGGCAGCCUUUACCCGAGCACCUCCGCAUCAUCAGCAACCCCCAGAACCUCCAGGGUGCGGGGACAGGUAGCUGCAGAUGCCCCGGCGCUCUGCUCCAAGUCGCCCUCUGCUUCUCCCGAGUUAUGCUCCUCCUUGGAGGGGAGGGAAGGACAGCUCUCCUUGCCUCCCAGGCAGUUGGCAGAGCCGCGGCGGCUGCUGCUGCUCCCGGCAGCCUGGUGAUGGAGAGAUUAUUUCUAAGCCAUCCCCCCCCCCGCCCCCGCUUCUCUUGCAGGACCACACUGGCUGUCCCUGUGGGGCUCGGAGCGCAGAGCCCACUGCUGAAGCAGGACAGCUGGCUGGCGCCUUCCCAGCAUGAACCCCUUGGACUCUCACCUCUCACGGGGGAACGGGCUUCGGGGUCCUUGUAAAAACCCCAGCCCACUGCCCGGGGGCCGUGCUGUGGCUGCUGGAGAGAGAUGCAGAAUGAAUGUACCUCUGCUUUCGGGAAGAGGCAAGGCAAGAGAGGUUGGAAACUAACUCUGCCAGAAACUGCCGUGUUCAGAAUUUUUCUUUUCUUCUCCUUCAUCUCCACCACGAACCUGUCUCUUCUCCGGCCACUGAGACACGGGCUCCCCUCGCCCGGCAGAGAAACAGCUGGAAAAGGUUCCCUGAGACGAGAAGGCUGCUCAUCUUCCUCUGGCCAUACGUUGUAAAGGAAGUAAUGCAUGCAGAGUAACAGAACGCUGCGUGGUGAGCGAGUGUGAAAUGCUCGGGCUGUGAUUCAACUCUUCGCUGCCUGCCGGAAUCCAACUGGCUCUGAAAUUGAGAGGAACUUUUAUUUCCAUUCAGCUGUCGAGUUCUUCUCUUGAUUGGAGUGCAUAUUGGAAUAACAUCUCCAGCGAUGCCCAUGCCCUUCAGAGCCAGGGGGCUGCCUCCCGGCCAUGGCCACCGGACCUCCUGCAGCCCCCUGAGUCCGCUCCUGCCUGGCCCCCUGCAGCCGCCCCCCGCCAAGGGCCUUUACUACCGCAGGGCCCGCCAGGUGGGCGCCCUGGACGCCUCCCCGGCCGCGGACCUGAAGAAGGAGAUCCUGGUCAACGUCGGGGGCAGGCGGUACGUCCUCCCCUGGAGCACCCUGGACGACUUUCCGCUGAGCCGCCUGAGCAAACUCAGGUUGUGCCGCAACCACGAGGAGAUCUCACAGCUCUGCGAUGAUUACGACGAGGACAACCAGGAGUUCUUCUUCGACCGGAGCCCCAGUGCGUUCGGCAUGAUCGUGAGCUUCCUGGCGGCCGGCCGGCUGGCCCUGCUGCGGGGGACGUGCGUGCUGUCCUUCCGGGAAGAGCUGGCCUACUGGGGCAUCGAGGAGGCCCACCUGGAGAAAUGCUGCCUGCGCGAGCUGCUCAGGAAGCUGGAGGAGCUGGCCGAGCUGCGCCAGCAGGAGACGCUGCACCUGCGGCAGGAGGCCAGGCGCCCCUCGGGGGACCCCUCUCGCUGGGGGGUCUUCAUGCACUGGCUGCGGGAGACCGUGGAAAACCCGCACUCCGGGCUCCCCGGCAAGGUCUUUGCUUGUCUGUCCAUCCUCUUCGUGGCCACCACAGCGGUCAGCCUGUGUGUCAGCACCAUGCCCGACCUGAGGGCCGAGGAAGACAAGGGUGAGUGCUCUCAGAAGUGCUACUAUAUUUUCAUCGUGGAGACGGUCUGCGUGGCCUGGUUUUCCCUGGAGUUCUGUCUGCGGUUUGUCCAGGCCCAGAACAAGUGUGAGUUUUUCCAAGGCCCCCUGAACAUCAUCGACAUCCUGGCCAUCUCCCCGUACUACGUGUCCCUGGCGGUGUCAGGCGAGCCCCGGGAGGAUGGCGAGAGGCCGGGCGGGGGCUCGUACCUGGAGAAGGUGGGGCUGGCGCUGCGGGUGCUGCGGGCGCUGCGCAUCCUCUACGUGAUGCGCCUGGCCCGCCACUCGCUGGGGCUGCAGAGCCUGGGCCUCACCGUGCGCCGCUGCACGCGGGAGUUUGGCCUGCUCCUCCUCUUCCUCUGCGUGGCCGUCACCCUCUUCUCCCCUCUGGUCUACGUGGCCGAGAACGAGUCCGGGCGGGUCCUGGAGUUCACCAGCAUCCCGGCCUCCUACUGGUGGGCCGUCAUCUCCAUGACCACGGUGGGCUACGGAGACAUGGUCCCGCGCAGCGUGCCGGGCCAGAUGGUGGCCCUCAGCAGCAUCCUGAGUGGGAUCCUCAUCAUGGCCUUCCCAGCCACAUCCAUCUUCCACACCUUCUCGCACUCCUACCUGGAGCUCAAGAAGGAGCAGGAGCAGCUCCAGGCGCGCCUUCGCCACCUGCAGCACGCCGCCACGGCCAGUGAACACGAACUCCUGGGUGACGUCGACGACCUGGUCCCAGAGGGCCCCUCCUUGCCCACUAACUACAUUUAACUCAAAACCCUCCAUGAAAAGGGCAGGACUGCAACUCAGCGCCCUCAGCUGACCCAGCUAGAGAACACCAGGUGUAGACCGUCUGGUAGGAUGUUUCUAGAGCUCCAGGGUCUCUCCCAAAGCUGGGAGGGGCUCAAGGCCACAGCUGUUUGCUUGUUGUGAUUCUUGACCCCACCGGCCAUGGCAAUUCUGGCUAUCAUUAUGGAUGCUCCCUGCCUUUUCCCCCCUCUCUGCACCUUGCUGAGCACAUUGGCUCUUUCUGUUAGGUCAGCCAUCCUCCACUCCUCUUCCUCCCCUGCAGUCUUCCAUGCCCCAGGCUGGGUUCUGGAUGCACAGAACUGACCCUACAGAACUCCAUUCCUCCCCCUGAGGCUCUCUUUCCAGGCUCACCCUACCAACAGGAACCAGAGGGGUCAGUUACUGCAAACCCCUCUGAUCAGAUAUCGCCACCCAGCCCUAUCGCAGGUUCCAGCAGAGAUCAAUAUGUCCUCUCCCCACUCACCAUCGCCAGUGGCAUUUCCCGAAUGCUGCUGCCUCCUCCCCGGCUCUGGAAGCUUUUAGCCAAGAAGGCAGAACUGGCCUCAGUGCUAAACCCCAUAUUGGGAGCUGGUGGCCUGCCAUUCCUCCUGAUGUGCCUGGAACCUGGGCAGGCAUGCCACUUGCCAGCACAGCAGGCCCUCCUUGGCCAACUGGACUCUUAUUGGGACAUUCUCCAAUUAUCCAGCUCUUGGCCCUGACAGAGGCUAACUCUUGCAGGGCACUGCAUUGUCCCUGGAGAGAACCAUUCCUGCUGCUGGUUCCUCCAGCCCUGAAGAGACCUCGGCUUUCCACCCUCAGCUCAGCCAGCCACCGCAGAUGCAGUAUAGCUUCAGUGCAGAAAUGUGAGCAGCCUUAGAAUCUGCCCCUUGCCGCCAUGCACGACCAGUGUAAAUUCCUCCGCUUUUAUUUAAGUAUGUUUGUCAAUUUAGGUAUUCAUUCACGAACAGAUUCAGCCCUUUGCAUCCAGUGGAGGAAGCAGAGGCAGGAUCAAGUUGUUCAAGCUAAAAGCAGUGUGUGCUGAGGCCAGAACCAUGAAUCCUGAGCCACCAGCUCACAGAGGGCUUCACCCAGACCCAGGAGGGGUUGAAUGAGGAGGAAUGUUCUGGGAGCUAAAGUUGGGAGGGGGUGGGAAUGGGAAGGUGGUAGGCUGUGAGGGCUGAGCAGAGGAUCUGGGCUUUCUGGUAGAUGCUGGAGGAAGCAGUGAUGUGGCUACACAGCAGGUGUGGAUGAAGACGGUUAGGCAGCGUGCAGGGAGACCUUCGUGGGGCAGAGAAUGACCAAGUGGCUCAGACAGGUUCUGAGGACCUCCUUCCUCUAAUUAUUAGUUGUAUGAGGAGUGCCAAGUCCUGGUGUCACUUAUUUUCUGGGGGAGGCCUCGAUGGCACCUUCCUUGAAUGACACAGCUGUGCACAUUACAGUUGGCUGGAAACCCACUGCAGAAGGCGCACUGGGACAUGCACCACAUGGAAUGGUGGUGGUGAGGUUGUCAGGGAUGGGUGGAUCCAAUGUCAUCUGUGUGUAAGCACGCCAGUGUUUCAUCAUCGGAGACAGCUUGCCUGCUCUUCAUUCAUUCUGCUGGCAUUUAGUGCAGGCCCACCAUGUGCCAGUCACCUGCCUUCCUCUGACUGCAACACCAGGCACCACACCAGCUCUGGCCCAGGGCAGCAUCCUGUACAAGCAUCUGGCUGCAAGCUAGCCUCAUCUCGAGGGUAGCCCUCAUUCCCUUCUGGGAACCCUCCCAGCUGAGAGGGUAGAUGCCUCCAUCCCUCCAGACCCUCCAAAUCUACAGGUCGACCCCAGUCCUUCCCACACUGACAUUUCACCAAGGAAGUUCUUUGCAGAGUGGCACGGUGGUCACACACAAGGAAAGCCCCUCUGUAAAAUCCCUACCCCAUGCCAUCUGCCCCAGGAAGUGAAUAGCAUAGUCUCAUGAGCUUUGGGUGCUUGUGACCUGAAUGCUCACUCAGGCCCUGAUUUUCACUCUCUGUGACUGUAACUCCUUUCCCUCUGCCAUAUGUGGGGCUUUGGCCAGAUCUGUGAUUUUUCUGACAGGGGCUCUGGCAAGACCCUCGGGGUUGCUUUGUGCACAGAGAGCUCUGCAUCCCAAGGUAAAACAUUUGAAAAGAAUGAUUUUGAAAAGGAUGAAGAAUUUCUAGACACCCUCCCACCUCUAGCCAGGUCCCCUUGAAUUGAGGUGGGGAGCUCACCUCCAGAACCAAGGAAGAAUCCUCGACAGCCCGUAGAAGGCCUGGGAGCCACAUCGGACCCCACACCCGGCCCUCCCUCUUCUCCUGGGAGGCCUUUUUUUCUGUGCUGCAUGUGUGCCUGGUGCAAUAAUUCCUCACUGCAGUUCUGCCCAUCCUGUGAUGGCUUCCACCUAGGCAGCUCCAUUCUUUUCUGGUUCAUAUUCCAGCCAUCUGAGCAAAAGGGUGCCAGGACUAAAAGAAACCUAGGUAAGCCCAUCCCCAACCUUACAAGAUCCUACAGCAUCUUAAUACAUGCCCGGUGGAAAUUCUACCAAAUUAGAAGUGGAAAAUUAGAAUUGAUUGCUCACAUGUGGGGUUUAAUUAAACGCUCUAUUUUUUUCUCCCCAGUAAUAGCCCCAGGGACUGGUCUAAGUAGAAUUUGUCUAGCCAGCUUCCCUUCAUGCUGAUUGGAUGGGAUAGAGAUGACAAGUGAGUUGCUAGGUGGUCUCUUCCUCCCCACUGGCUGAAAGGAGUCUUGCCAGUCCCUUAAGGGCUUGUUUUCUCUGAGGUCAAUGGGCAUGAGUGCGGCCAAAGGUUGAAAUUUUCCAGCCAAAGGCAAAGGGUAGCUGGCCCUUUACUUCAAGCAAUUUUAUGUUGUGUCAUAGACGUAGCUCCCACAGAUCAUUUUAUUAUUAUUAUUAUUGUUAUUAUUAUUAUUUUCAUUGAAGUGCAGUUGACACACAAUGUUACAUUAGUUGCAGGUGUACAACACAGUGAUUGAACAAGUCUAUACAUUAUGCUGUGCGCACCCCAAGUGUGGCUACCAUCGGGAUAACUUUAAAAUGUUGGUCUCUAACCAGAGUCGAGCCCAAGAAGUGACUUGGGGAUGGAUAGGUUAAUUCUUCAACCUGGUGCCAGUGGGGGCUCCACCCACUGACUCUAUUUUGAAGGCUUAUAGGACUUGAGAAAUUGGUAACUGGACAGCUCAUCAGAAUACUAUGUAAGCAGGGAGCUUCCAUGAGGGGGUCUGUGAACCUCUGGAGAUUAUGUGAAUCUCAAAGUGCAUAGUUUCAGAAACCAGUCCAACAAUUUUUAUCAGAUCCUCAAAGGAAUCCAUGGCCCCUAUGAAAGGAUAAGAAAUUACUAAGUAAAUCAAGUCUCAUAUUUUAAGGUGAAGGGACCAAGGCUCAGAGAGGGAGAGCCACCUGCCCAAGGCCACACAGCCAGUUUACUUCAUUAAAUCCAAGCAUCCUGGUUUCCAGCAGAAUACUCUUUCUCGUGUACCAUGCUUUAGCACUUAGGCUCUUCUGAAGGGGGCCCAAGCCCUCAAAGAAAAUAUUCAAGACAAGAGUACAACAAGAAUAUAAUUUUGCCGUGCUACCCUGAGUAGAGUAAGCAGGGUUGUGUUGGGGUACCUCCGGCACAAGCUGUCACCCUUCCUUUGUCAUAUCACAGUGGAUAUGGUGACUGAUUCCACUGGCCCUUCCUUUUCUCACUGAUCCCAUGGAGAGGUUGGACCAGGUGGUUAGGAAAGUCCCUCCAGGCUUGGACAGAAUGUGAUUCUGGGUAGCAACUUUCACUGCAACAAUCUAUGCCACGGAGGGCCAGGUAAGAUGCCAGGAGAAAGGUAAAAUAAACAAACCAUAGUCCCUGACUGUCCACAGAACUACUCCCUUAGCAAAAAUCAUCAAGUAGUUCAAGUUUGAAUAGAAAGUCACUGAGAUCUCUGUCCACCAGCUGCCCACCUCGUUCCUACCCACCCACCUGGGCUCCUGGCCCCCAACCUGAGGCCUGCAGGUGCCUGGCUAAGCAGCUGUGCCUGCCAGCGCCUGCCUCUCACCAGGGGCACUGGACGCUGAUAACUCUUCCUCAUACUGAUACGUGAAUAAUGGGCUGCACUUCCUGAGUGAUUACUAGUCACUAGGCAACUGAUUCUUUAACAUUUUAUUUGGGAAACAUCAAACAAAAAAUUUGCAAGAACAAAAUCAGUACGUACAUGCAAUACCUGAAUACACCUCUUUUUUUAAAGCAUGUUUUGCCAUUUGCUUUGCUUUAUCAUUUACUAUCGUUUUAUUAUAUAUAAAUAGUAAAUUUUUUUGACCAUUUGAGAGCAAGUUGACUACAUCACAGCCCUUUUAGAACUUUGCUUUUAGAACUUUAGAUUGUAGGGGCACCUGGAUGGCUCAGUCCGUUAAGCAUCCUACAGUUGGCUUUGGCUCAGGUUGUGAUCUCAGGGUCCUGGGAUGGAGCCACCCCACACACUUGGGGCUCCACAUUCUGCAGGGAGUCUGCUUCAGGUUUCUCUGUCUCCCCCUCUCCCUGCUUGUGCUCGCUCGCUCUUGCUCUCUCUCUCCCUCUCAAAUAAAUAAAUAAAUAAGUCUUUAAAAAAAAAAAAAAACAACUUAAGAAUGUAGCACUAGAAGGUCUGUCAGAAAACCAUCAGUCCAAGAAUUCUUAGCAGAGAGUUUCCAAGACGGCCAGUGAGCCUCUGGAGGUGACAAGCCACAAAGCAUGUACGUACAUGCAUUUCAGAGUGUGAAAUGUGAAGUGAUUUCUUGGAUUCUCAAAGGAAUCCAUGAUUCACCCAAAAAAUAAAGGGGGGGGAAGCCCGAAAGUAAAUCACCUCUUUCAUUUUAAGGUGGAGAGCCAAAGAGACCUGGAAUAUUCGGGAGCGGGGGGGGGGGGGGGUCUCCCUCUUAAGAACAAGGAUAUUCUCAGUUACCAACAUCAGGACAUUUAACCUUGGCACAAUAUUUUAAUCUAACCUAUUGUCUGUUCCAAUUUUGUCAGUUGACAAAAUAAUAUCCUUUACAGCUUUUCCCUCAGCAGGACAGGUCCAGCAUUGACUGGAGAAGGCAUUUAUGCGGUCUAUCUCUUUAGCUUCCUGUAAUCUGGACUGUUCCCACAGCCUUCUGUGGAAUUUCUGAUGCCGAAGUCUGGGAUGAAUAUAGCCCUUCCUUUCUAAUAGAAUGUGCCUCAUUUUGUGUCUGUCCCGUAUCUCUGCAUGCCCAGACUGAGGCUCUGCACCCCCAGCCAGCCUCGGCAUCCAUGUGCUGGUGUCCCUCUCAGGGUGUCACAUCCAAGGGCACCGUGCCCCUCAUUGAGGAUGUGCAAACCCUUUGUCUGGGAGGUGACCCCAGGAAGUGCUGGCAUGGGGUGGAAAGUAAGAAAGGGAAAGGGAGCCAGGGAGAGCUGGCUGGGCCCAAAGGCAUUCAAAGAAAAACAGAAUUAAUUGACUGUGAUCAUGCAGGCCAGGUAGGAUGUGCCAGAAGGCCAGGUGUGCAUAGGCCACGCCUGGGAGGAGGAGAGAGUGUCCUCCCUGCAGAUGAACUAGUCCCUGAGGCUCAGAGCAGGACUUCUCUCUUCACCUGUGACCAGGAGGGGACCCGGUGGUGCCCUUCCCUGACCUGCCAGUUGGGGAGCAGCCGGGCCCACAGAUUCUUAGAGCGAAAGAAUCUGCCCAUUUUACACGUGUGGAUGUGAGGGCUGAGGGAGGGGAUGUAAUGGGGCAAACCACACAGCCCGAAUUGGCAAAGCCGGGCCUGCCAGGCUGGUGCCCUCGGCUCUGAUCCUCGGCCGGCACCUGCUCUAUCCGGCAUUUGAUGUCUAACCGAAGGGGCACCUCCAGGAACAUGAUGUUGGUUAAAAAUAGAACAAAGGGCUGUCCCUGAGAGCCCUGUGGCUCCCUGGUCAUCCAAGGGGCCCUGGCUGAGGCUGUGCUCACAGCCCUGCUCCAAACAACACGUGAAAAACGUGGCGUGACUUUCAUAACUCACCUUUGCUCUAAGCGGGACAAAACCAAGGGCGACUGGGAACGGGAUGAAUUUGGGCGCCCCGUGCUAAAAUUAGCCAAUCUCGCAGUUCAAAGGCUUCCAUGUACUUGGCCAAUGACCAGCUUAAACUAAGAUCCCCUGAGGAGCUCAGCAGUGUCACCUGGCGCCUUCCUAAGCUUCAGGGCUCCCGCGCACCCUGCGACUCCGAGAGAAACAUUAAACAAUGUUAAAAAGUGA